AUGCGUUGCUUUUCGUUUAUUCUGGCUCAGUGCCUGCUUUGCUUUGCCUCUUUCGGCUCUCCUGUGAAGACGCUCCCGCACGUUCAAAGUGAGGCGCACUCUGCUCAGGUCCAAGAUUACGCCACUUUCGCUGCAAUGUGUCCCUACAUCGAAUUACCCGGCUCACCUGACCUCGGGGAACAGGCGCAGGCUACGUCCGAACAUGUGGACGAUCUUUUCGAUUGCAUGGAGCCCACAGACGACUUUGCGGGGAAACGCUUGACGUCGCAUCUAUCAGUGGGUGUGCACCCGAUACACGACACGGCCGCAGAAGCCUCUGCUUCAUCGGCUUCAUCCACUGUAGGAUCUUCGAGUACGGAAGAUCUGCUUCGUAUGCUUGAAGCCAAGAAGCCGUUCGGGUGGAAAGCUGAGACCGAAGAUGAAAAGAAGGCCCAAGACGUUGCUUUGAACUUGCUCCUUUCGCGAAUGGAGUCUUUUGACGCAGCAACCUCGCGCGAGCUCAAGUUGGAGUGUUUUCAUCUAAGCAAAGAAGAGCUUGAGAAAUUGAGCAAGCUCGAAAAGCGUGUCUACAGGACAUUGAAGCAGCGGUUCAAUGAUAGAAAAAAUCGUCUCCCUAACAAAUAUGCCCGGGACAAACAAUAUCGUCAAAGAAGAUACGGAAAGCCCUUAACAAAGAUUGACACGGAGAAGGGUUUGACGCCAGAGGAAGCCAAGCAGCUCAAGUUCGGUGUGGAGAGGACGGAAAGAUGCUAUUAUGGGAAUAAGCUCAGAAGCAUCAACAAUGGAUUGAAAGAAGCAGAUACUUGGACGUCCGACGAUGAAGAGCGAUUUCGCGUGUGGCAGACGCAGCACGGAAGGAGAGCCAUCACUUUGAAGCAACAUCAUAGGAACGUGGUUGCGAUGAAAGAAGCCAAGAAGUCUGCAGAAGCUCCUGAGCUAGCCCCUAGUCACUCUUGA